UCCCCCCUGCAGAGGCAGACAGACAGACACACACACAGACAGACACACACACACACACACUCAGACAGGCAGCGACAUGUCUUGUUCUGGGUCCGGGUCCUCCGGGUCCGGGUCCUCCGGGUCCGGGUCUGAGUUCAGCCGGGAGGUGCAGCUGGCUACCGCGCUGCUGUGCGGCAGCUCGGGCUCCAUGCCGCUGCUGCAGCUUCACCGCGAGCUGCUGCAGCGCUGCGAAAUCACCGAAGAAGAGUUCUGCUGGGUCCUCCAGGGGUGCCCCCGCUUCCUGUUGGUCAGCAGGCCCGCGGAGGACGGAUGGCUGCGACCGGAGGACUGCACGGUGGUCGCCAGGACGUCGCUGCGGCUGUGCGGCAGGCAGGAGGAGUGCGGCGGCUGCGGCGGCGGCAGCGGCGGCUGCGAGCAGCUGCACCUCUGCAAGUUCUUCAUCUACGGAAACUGCAGGUUCGGCAAGGGAAGGAAGCCGUGUAAAUUCUCCCAUGACAUCCACUCCGAUCAUAACUUGGCGUUGCUGAGAGAGUGCACGCUGCACGAGCUCACCGAGGAACAGCUGUCAGUGCUGCUGCUGCAGAACGACAACACACUGCUGCCAGAAGUGUGCGUGCACUAUAACCGUGGCGACGGUCCUCACGGCGCCUGCAGCUUCCAGGACGACUGCACCAAGGUCCACCUGUGUCAGCACUUUGUUCGGGGCGACUGCAUCUUCGGACUGGGCUGCAAACGCCAGCACGCCAUUGACAAACAUGGCUGCCGCAUGCUGGAGGAGAGAGGACUGGGCGGUGACAUCAUCAACCAGCUGCCCUUCAUCUACAGGAACAUCCACCACCUCGCCGCCGCCGGUAACAGCACAGAGAAAUGUCCUGAUUCUUCGUACGAAGCUGCCGAUCAGCAGCCAGAGAUUUGUCUGCACUUCAUCAGAGACAGCUGCAGGUUCCAGAACGGGUGUCGGCGCGUUCACUUCCCCUUGCCUUAUCUGUGGGAGGUGUUUGAUGGCGUCGCCUGGACAGCCCUGCAGGACAUGGAGGACAUCGAGCGGGAUUACUGCGACCCGUCCAAGACACAGAGCAGCGGCGAUCGGCCCGUGGACUUCCUGUCGUGGACUCGGGACUCGCAGGCAGUUCGCCGUCUGUCCACGGUUUCCUCGGUAACGAAGCCACCUCACUACGUCCUGACCACUGAUUGGCUGUGGUACUACCGGGCGGAGCGGGGGAACUGGGUGGAGUACGGGCAGCCGGAUGACAGGCAGCGCACCACGUCGGUGACGUCGCGGACUCUGGAGGAGGCGUUUCUGGCCGACAGAACCGCUGAAGUCCGCGUGGUCAAAGACCAGAGACAGUACGUCGUCAGCUUCAAAGACAUGUACCAGAGGAACCCCAAACACAGGACCAAGAGGAGAGUCUGUCGUCGCCCCCGCUUCGUCUCCGUGGCCGAGGUCACCAACCGUUAGAGGGACCGGCACCUGAAGCGGUCCGUCUGGACCUGAUCUCAGUUUAACAAACUCAGGUUUUGAACUGAACUGUAUAAGAUUUCUAUUCUAUAUCAAAAAAUGAGUGUGUGUGUGUGUCUGUGUGUGUAUAUAUAUUUGUGUGUGUGUGUGUGUGUGUGGGACCAGUCUGUUACUGUUCUACCUUAGCGUUGUCCAUCCAUCCAUCCAUCUUCUUCCGCUUAUCCGGUAACGGG